AUGAGGCCCACGAAAUGCAGCACGUGCAUCAGUUUUCAGUCUUUACAUGUUCUUCACUCACAUUGCAUUACGCACAUCACUUUCACUCUUGAAGCUGCGCUGAAUCCCGAGGAUCCGAGCAAUUGUGAAGUUCAAAAGCAGCGAGAAAAAAUGGGGGAUGAAAAGGAUGCUUUUUAUGUCGUGCGGAAGGGAGACGUUGUUGGGGUGUAUAGAAGCAUAAAUGAUCUUCAAUCUGUUCUUCAGUCAUCUGUAAAUGAUCAUUCUGUAAAUGUCUUCAAAGGGUACGGUUUGUCUAAGGAAUCUGAGGACUAUCUAUCGUCUCAUGGACUUAAGAAUGCUAUUUAUUGUGUUGAUGCCAGCGAUGUGCAAGAUGAUCUUUUUGGCCAACUUAUCACUUGCCCUUAUAGGGAACCAAAUUCUUCCAAAGAUAAAUCAGCUAGCAAGAAUCAUUUGGAUAAGAAGCCACAGGAAGUUGUUGGGUCAGCUUCAUUUCCGCCAAAUUCUCCUCCGAUACCGCCGCCUGGCAAAUUAGAUAAUUUCCUCCAAGUUCCUCCAAUUUCUUCUUAUUGCUUUUCGUGUAUUAUCGAGUUUGAUGGAGCCUCGAAAGGUAACCCUGGUCUAGCUGGUGCAGGGGCCGUGGUCCGUGUGUCAGAUGGAAGGGUGUAUCGAUUGCGUGAAAGUGUGGGUAUCGCGACUAACAAUGUUGCUGAAUAUCGUGGUGCCAUUUUGGGGUUAAAAUUUGCUCUUUCGAAAGGGUUUAAACAUGUACGGGUGCAAGGAGACUCUAAACUUGUCUGCAUGCAGGUGUGUAGCAGCGUAUUUACGCUCAGUUCAUCUUUAUCCGAUGUGAACUCUUUAUUUUUACUAUUUACGGCUGUUCAGGGUCUAUGGAGAACCAAAACUCAGAAUAUGACCGAGUUAUGUAAGGACUCUAAUACCGAAGCUGAUGCGCAAGCAAACUUAGGAGUACAUCUAAAGGCCGGCGAAGUUCAAGUAGAACUCGAUGGGAAAUAACGAAAACGAACGGGCUGAGUAGUGAACCUCUGUAUGAUGCAAACUUCAGAAUAAAUUCAGAAGUGUAGAUAACUAUCAGAAGUAUAUUUUGUAGCAACGCUUUUGUUGUAAAAUUUUGGAUUUCAAGUCAUUGUUGUGCUGAAUCUAGUUACAUAAUCCCCUGUAUGUGUAUGGUUUGAAGAAAAAUCUCUCUCUCUCUCUCUCUCUCUCUCUCUUUCUCUGUGUGUGUGUGUGUGUGUGUGGAGUGUG